CCGCCGCUUGGUGGGCAAACGUUACGAAAUGGUAGGUCCGCACAAUGUCGUUUUUUAAUAUCGUCGUAAUAUAAACAAACGUUUAGAAAAUCAUGUGGGUAGAUGUUACCGGGCGCGAAAAGCAGAAUUAUAUAUCACAGCCCAACGGAUGUUUUAUACCGGGAUAUACUGGCCACUGUCCUAUGCUCAAAUUCCGAUACGGUAAAUGCUACGGAGACAACACACGACAAAUACUUAGAGAAAUAAGAAGCAAAGGAUUAUUCAAUAAGCCCUUAGAAUACCGUCCUCGUGACAACUACGAGCUAAACAACAUGCCGCGACGUAAUUCACCCACCACUGACGUAUACGAUAGUGUAAAGCAUCGCCAGCCGGCGUACAUGACAGGAUACACUGGAUAUGUGCCCGGAAUGCAUUUCAGAUAUGGUAAGUCAUACGGCCGGGCGGCUGAUGACUGUAUGGCAGAUUUCUCAGAAAACCAACGAGAAUUGAGACGUAAAGCGGAUUUCAAUAAGAGCUAUAUACGUUCUAGAAGUGCUCCUAAAAUGGAGACAAUACACACAAGAGAUGAAAUACGGCGCGAUUUAAAUAAAUUUAAAGAGAUCAAUAAAUACAAAGACCACACAAUAUCGCCGGAAUUCCCACCAAUAGCUGGAUAUACUGGACACAUUCCAAGAAUAAAAGGAUCAGAGGCAUCAUUAAGUCAGCGAUAUCAUUGCGCUGCGAAACGCGGCUUGGAACUUAUCAAAAUGGAGAGAGAAAAGAGAAAGGAAUUGCAUGACGCGGAUGUUAAUAUAAAAGCUAUUCUACGAGGAGAAAAUAAGAAGUAUUCUUAUUGGAAUUGGGGAUAGCAUACGGGCAGAAGAAUGUUCUUCACCAAGUGUCGAUGAACAUUCUUCUAUAAAAAAGCAAUAAUGGAAGAAAAGUAUCA